UACGAUAAGAAGAAGCGGCAUAAAAAUUGCAAAGCGACGCUGGAUUUUUAAAGAUUAUUUGUUGAGAAUUUUUUUUGUUCUUGAAAACUAUUGCAAAAUAUAUUAAAAUCUAAAAUAUAAUAAUAUCAAAAAAUCAAUUAAUAAAUUAAAAUAAUUAAACAGAAAAAGUAUGAAAGCAAAAGAAAACUAAGAAUAAAGUAAAACUAUGCAGUGAAUGUUGGAUAUUGGAAAAAUUGUGAUGAACAACACAAAAAAGCACGCAAAACAAUAAGAACGAAAAUUUAUAAAAAAAAAUUUACAAGAAUUUCUGUUGAAUUUAUUAUUACAAAACAUGGAAAUUGUGGUGUUAAAUAGUGAUAUAGCACGUUUGGUAUUGGACUAUUUGAAGUCUCAAAAAUUGAAAAAGGCUACACACACCUUUUGUAAGACUUCACCAUAUUUGAAACAGGAAUUCUCGGCCUACAAACAGGGCUUGCAGACACAUUCAUUUUUUCCGGAGCUACAGGAAAUUAUUUGUGAAUAUGUAAAAAUAUCACGCAAAGUUGAACAACUGCUGCCCAAACUGACCGAUGCCUUACGUUCCCAAUUGCAAUCGUGCAAGUUGUCGGAAAAAGUCAAUGAACUAUUAGAACGUGGUUCACAAGCCAUACUUGGCACAAAUCUGAGCAACAGUAAGAAUGACCUAAAAAGUAGUGCCUCUACUGUGGCCAACUCACAAAGCAAUAACACAGCCGAUGAAAAGGAUGGCUUACAGACUAAACGUAAACGAAGUUUUGAUUGUUCUAACAAUUCAUCAAAUGAUGAAGUGGCUACUGAUAUGAAUUCAAAUAAAAGACACAAAAUAACUUCAUCUCGCAUAGGGCCAUACACGAAGAAAAGACGUGUACUACAGCCAUAUUGCUUUUUAUCGGCCAAAGCUUUACAGCGUCAUAAACGUCGUUAUUAUACAAAAGCUUGUGCCUCUACCACAGAGGAAGAUGUCGAGGAAGAAGAGGAUGUUGAAGAAGAAUCGCAAGAUUCGAUUAAUGACAACGCUGAAGAUGUUAGUGUUACUGAAGAAGAGUCACAGGUUGAUGAAGAAUGUGAUGGUGAUGAAAUAUUCAAUGGUGAAAAGCCUUCGAAAGAAUCAACUCCACGAAAUAGAUCGAGUAGAAAGACAGAAAAUUUAGUGGCCCCACCCAUUAUACCGGAUAUUUCUCAAGCCAUCUUAGACAAUCCAGAAUUUCAACAAAAAUUAGUGGAAAACAUCAAUCAAGCAUUAACUAAAUCUAGUAGUGGAACUACAACACAUCCAGUGAAUCCCAACCAAACGGAAAACACGAAUCUCCCUUUAAGCGGAACGUCAUUAACUGGAGAAGAAAUUACCUCAAGUCAACUUUUAGAUCAAAUGAUCAAAAAUAUCUUAGAUGCUACCGAAAAGGAACCCAGUUUUAAUGACAUCAUACAAGAGGUGGUAGAGGCAGCCAAUAAGCCUCAAGUACAAUCGGCAGCAAUACAAUGUAACAUUAAUACAAAUACAAAUUUGCCGGCAAUAGAAAAUGUCCCCUUGACAUACCCGUUGACUGAACCACCACCACCACCAGCACCACUAAUGCCGGCACAAACAGUAUCACAAAUACAGUUGCAGCAAAUACCAGCACCUGCAGCACCACAUACUGAAGAUGAUGCAGCGCAAACAGGAAAUGUCAUGACAACCAGGAAUAUGUUAAAUAUACCUGCAACAAAUGUACCACCACCACGUACUCCUGUCAUAAUAAGAUCAGCAACUACCAACACUUCUAUAACAAGUGCAACUGCUCUGACUGCUCAAGAUCCUCCCUCAAUGCUAGCGAAUACUUCAUUUGGACCGUUGAUCGAUCCAAAUUUUUCCAUUUCCAAAUUAAUUGUUUUAAACUCAAAUGAUAGUGCACAGAAACAGCAUCCGGAAAAUUGCAUAGGUAAUACCACAGCUGAUAACCUUAUAAGUCAAUUAUCUACCAGUGGUGUUGUGGAUCCGUCAGAUGAACAAGUUUAUUUUGAUACUACCACCGGUCAGCUAACCUUUCCCAUUUUCCUAACCAACGAUGGCUUAUUGACAAAUUUUCCCUUUCUCAUUAAUAAUGAAAUUGUUAAUCAACAAUUACAACCAAAUAAUUUGGGUAAUUUAGAGGGAUCGCGUUUAGAAAUUCCCUUAAGCGAACCCAUAGUAGUAAGUGCAAAUCAAUUGCCACCCAAUUCUAUAAUUCUAAGUAGUGCUCAUAAGGAAACUACUGUUGAAAAUCCUGAAACGGUGGAAAAAACUAUUAAGGAGGCAGAUGUAAAGCACUGUAAUACGGUACCACCCACUUCAACGGACAAUCGUUUGUUAUAUGACAAAGCUACCCCCUCCUCAAGUGGCAUAGUUAAUACUAAAGCUUUUAAAAGUUUGUCUACACCACGCAAACGAACUUCUCAUGUUAGAACACUAACAUUUUCGCCCAGAGAUCCCAAUUCUUUAGGUACUGUGGGUACACCAUUGUCCACCAGAAGGGAGGCCAUAAGUCGUUUCCAAAGAACUCUACCAAAAGUCAUAACAGAGGAAGAAAAAGUUAAAACAGUGGAAAAUUUGGAAAAACUAGAAGAAAAGGAAAAUAAUGCUUCUGAAAAGGCUGUCAUAAAAACUGUCGAAAUACUGCCAACUAUAGCAAAUUCCGCGGCAAAUGCUAACAGCGAAAUCAUGGUAGAGAACACUAGUGUCUCAGCAAAUGAGUCCAGCAACGUCCCACCCCUCUUCGUCAGCGAGGAGAGCAGCAACCAAACUAUUAUAAACAAACAGAUAACAGCCUCAAAGGAUGUACAAAAGGAACCUUUAAAACCCAAAGCCUUAACAAAUAUAUCCAAAACCCAAACUACGACGGAUGAAAAUACACCAAAACGCAAACAAUACCGCAAAACUGCUGUAAGAUCUUGCAAAAGACAAUUGUCAAAGUCAUCAAAUGAAGAUGAAUUACUCGAAGAAGAGAAGGCGGAAAAGGAAAAUGAAAAAACUGAGGAAUCGCCGCCGCAAGGUGAUGGAAAUUCUGCUGACAAUGAUAUGAUGCAAGAAUGGAUACGUUUUCGCAGUACAUGUAAAAAAGUCGAUUUGGAUGUACGUCUACGAGAGAUCAAUGCCUCGACACAAUCAAAACAAGUCAAGAAAGUUAAUACCAAGAAGCGUGUUAGGCGUAAAAAACCGGCGGCGAUUAAGAAAAAAGAAAAACAAUUGGCGAAAGAAGCUGAAGAACUGGAAAGAUCUAGAGAACUACAUAAUGAAUCACAAGAACAGUUGGAACUGGAUGAACAACUUAAUGGGUCCAUCGACAAACCACUAAAUGAAAACCAGGAUAAUGUUAACCUUAACGGCGCAAUUAAUAAAGAAAACGCUGUGGUUAAUGAACAAAAACCUUUAGCGGAAAAUGAUAAACAGCGUGUAGUAGCAGAAAAAGCUAAAAUGUGUACUACUCAAAAUGAUAAUGAUAAAUCAGUCGGGAAAUCGGGUAAAUCAGAUAAAAAACCUAAAGAUCAAGAUCAAAAGAAAACCGAAGAAGUGACAAAACCAAUUGAGGCUCCUUUGGAAAAUACAUUGAAACCCAUUAUCCAAAGUCAUAAUACUGAAACUAUUUCGCAACCACCGCCACCACAUGUCAAUGAAGCCUUGGAACGUGAAAAAAGGACGGCAAAUAUGGCAUUCCUAUUGGAAACACCUUUUAAAGAUCCCAAUCUUGGCUCUAAUAUACCACCCACUCCAGGUAUAUUUGCUCCUUCUUUGGAGACGCCGGCUGGUAAACAAAAGGAACCUCAUGAUGAUAUGCAAGCCUCAGCUUCUUUUCUUUUUGGUUCUAUUACUAAAAGUGAGUUAGAUACUCCUUUAAUGAGUGCCAUAACACCUGGUUUUCGUUUUACACCCUUUGGUUUAAAAGAUAUAGGCACUCCGAAAAGUAUACCCGGGACAGACUACUCCUCGGGAGGUGGUUCUUACUAUAAACCUGAUGAAAGUGAAGAUUUAGAUCGUAAUAUUGAUAAAAUGCUACGGAACUCCGCACAAAAGAAGCCAGAUACAGAAGAAGCCAAUGACACUGAUAAUGUGGAACCGGAAGAAAGAGAAGAAGGUGAAAUUGCAAGUGAACCAAUUGAUAAUGAGCAUAAAGAGGAAAUGGAUAAAAUUGAAGUAGAAAUUCCUAUAGAAAAACUAAAAGUGGAACCUAUAGUCUUGAAACGUAUAAAAUCUUUCGGUACCGAGGCUGUUGAUAGCAUGGAGACAGCCAAAAUAGAUCCACAUUAUACACUAGUGUCUGGUUUACCAGAAAUUUCUGCUGCCGAAGAGGAAUCCUCAUCAUCUUCCUCUUCCUCAUCAGGAUCCUCAUCAUCAUCAAAGUCUUCUUCUUCCUCAUCAUCUUCCUCGUCAUCAUCUUCUUCCUCGUCUUCAUCUAGUUCAAAUGCUUCGGUAAAAUCCAAAGCUGUCAAAGAGGCUGCAGAAUCUAACAAGAAAGUUAAUAUAAAUGAUUUAGAUAAUUUAUCUGAAAUCUCCAGCACAGAAGAUGAAGAAUGGCAAAAACUAGCCGUCACCGAUAAUGAUGAAAAUUCUCAGCUGGUUAGUAAUGAUGGUGAAGUGCGUUAUCCAGUAAGAAGUUGGCUUACGCCCAUCAAAGAGAAUAUGAUUAUUGAAACAAAAACUUUGAAGGAAACUGAAGUUUCUCAAACCACAUUAGUGGACUCCAAGCCAGCCACCAUAAAAGUAACACUACCCUUAAAAUCAGCAGAAAAAAGAAAUAGACAAGUUAAGGAAUUGGAAUUAAAGAAACAACGCAUGAAGGAGAAACUUAAAAACGAUGCUAGUACAACAACGAAGAAAGAUAAACCCGUUGCAACAUCAACAACAGCACCUAAUAUAUCAGCUGCCUUGGCGGCUACACGUAUGUUACAUUCCAUGCGUGACAAAGGCAAGAAACCAGCAUGUUUCCAAAACCAAAAUUACACAGAACAAGCCGCAGUUGAUGCCACACAAACGGCACAAGAUAAACGUUCCUUAGAUGUUCUGACCGCCUUAAAUCUCUCGGCCAAAAAGCAUUUGCCAAAAACUCCAGAAAAUCAACAAAAACAACAACCCCGUGUCUUGCCAGCGGAGGAUAAUGCUGUGACUGUAUCACCAGACAUUGUCAAAGGAAAAUCUAAACUUAAUAUUUCUCCUUCGAACACAAAUAAAACACCACAACGCAAAUGUUUACCCAUAGAAGCCAGACCGGUGACCAGAACUAUACGUAAAUCGGGUAAGAAAAUUGUAAGGACUCCAUUGGCUUUCAAGGUCAUACAUUCUCCUGGCAAAAUAAACUCACACAGUACCACCACAACAUUGGCAGAAUUUGCUGCCACUAAAACUCUUAAUAAAAGUAAAGAAACCUCUAUACCUUUUAUACAACAAACUUUAAGAGUGUCUCCGCGACUCAUGAAACCCAACAAGCUAAGAGGCAAGAAACCCGUCGAAUCUCCCGUACAAAAAACUAAAGCUAACACCAGAAAUGCUAAAACCAAGGCGGCAGCAGUGGCUAAGCCAAAAGCGGCACGUACACGAAGUAAUAAUAAAAAGAAAGAAACAGCUCCUUUAGAAAAGGAAAUGAAAGAGUUGUUGGAAGACUGGAAAGAGGAAUUGUUAGAAAAUAAAAAUGAACAAGAAGAAUUUGUAGAUGAGACUGCGUCUGCUGUAAAACCCAAAAUUCAUCUUAAGGCUCGAAAUGCCAUGAUUUCGAAUAAAACUAAAAUAGAAACGAAAAAAGAAAAAGUGGAUGAAACUAGCAAGAAAACAGAAAAAGUAUUAAUAGAAGAAGUACAAAAUAAGACAAAGGAAAAGGCACAAAAAGAGCAUAACACUAUAUCAAAAACUGAAACUCCAACACUGGCACAAGCGACAGCCAACACAGCACAGGAAAAUGAUUACUUUGAUGAAGACGACGACGAUGAUGACGAUCCUUUAGAAGAUUGUGAAAUUACCACUUUUGAUGAGACAGAUACUAAAAGAUUUAUUAACUAUACUUACAAUGGUCCAGAUGGACCGCCAGCCGUUACUCCUCAACGUCAUGAUUUUUCCAAUUUCCAAAUGGUGGUGGCCAUUGACGAAAAUGAAAAGCAUAUAUGGCGUAUUAGCGACGGCAUCUGCCUAUUUAGUUGUGCACCCAGUUUGCCAGUCAAGACGGCGGCAGCUACAAUACCGAAAAAACGUAAAAUACGUACUACAUCUGUAACAACUGUAACGACUAAUAAGGCUGUUACCGCCAUUGCGCCACCUAAUACAAAAAUAGCAGCUUUAAAAGCUUUUACUACAAACAAUCCAACGGCUACAUCAACACCUGUGGCUGGUGCAGCAUCUGCUAGUAGAACUAUUGCGGAAAAUGGCAAAAAUACGGGUUCAACUGAUGAAGGAGAAGGCUCUAAAUCCAAGACCACUACAAAAGCACAACCAAUUGAAACGGUUAAAAAACCUCUGGCAGAUACAAGUAAUGAAACUCCAAAAAUACAAAAUGAAGAUAUCGAAUUAAUAUUAUCACAUCUGCAUGGUACUUAAAAAGAAAACAACGACAAUUUUAAGUAAAUUAGUGCAAUGUCGAUCUAAAUAGGUACUGUACAAAUUUUGCACCAGUACAUAACAUAAACCAGUAACUAAUAUCUUCUUCUAAUAUCAGAAACUAUAUAUAAAUGUAUAGCUAUAUAAAUUAUAAUAACUUGUCAUAAAAAUUAUUUUAUUAUCACUAAGAAAAGCAUCAUAAACGUUUUUUUAUUACAUAAUUAUCUAUGUAAAUUUUUAUAUUUUAAUGAAAAAAAGCAUUUCCUUAUUGUUACUACAACAGUUAAUUUCUGAAAAAUUCACUUUGUUAUAAAUACUUUUAUAAACUUAAAGUAUUUUAUUUACAUUUAUUUAAAUAUCAAAACCAAAACACGAUCGAAAUAUGUUUUCCUUUUAAUGCAAACGCUUUAAGACUCGGUGUUUUAAUUAAACGUUACUCAUAAAAUUUGUUAAAUUGCUUUAAAUUGCAUCUUCAUCAUAAACAUUUUGAUUUCAUUAUUAAAAAAAAUAUCUUUUAUACAUACUUUUACU